UCUUUUCCCGCCGUCCCCGAACAGCAAACGGAUAGAAGGAGGAAAAGACAUCCUACACAGCGAUCGAACUGAAGGAGAGCGAAGAGCAGAAGAAAAGACGAGCCGUCAGUCCCUCCGUCCCUUAUUUCUGGCCCGAGAAGGAAACCAGCAACAUGGACCGGAAGAAGGGCUGGUACCGCGUCGACUUCGGCCCCCAGAGAGUGACGCAGAUGUGGUACCUCCCCACCGUCAAAGACCGCCUCAAUUUCCUCAACCGCCACAAGGACGCCAGCCCCCACCAGCCCUUCGAGACGCCCUCUCCCUUCCCCGUCGAGGACGACGCCAAACCGAGGUCCUCCGAGUACUGGAAGGUGCAGCGACAGCUGUUUCCGACGACGACCAGGGACAGGAGGAAAAGCAAGCCUCUGAUAUGCUUGGGCAACUUGCCGAUGUCAGCGCCCAGAAUCAGGAGCUCCUCUGUGGCCCCUAACCCGUACUCGCAGAUUCCCAGACCUGGCCUUAGGCCCUCCAUAAGCUAUGAACCGGCGAGAUCGCUGAGUCAGCCCCCAACUGGUGCAGCCAAUGCCCCAGGUCGCGUUACAUCCUACUGGAGCGGAUACCCUCCUAUGGGCCCCCCACCCCGUAUGGUCCCUAGGAUGGGCCCACCCCCUCCUUCUUAUUACGACUACGAUUAUGGCUAUGGAGGUGGCUACGGCGGCUACGGUGGUUAUGGCUACGGCUACCCCCCACCCCCACCCAGGAUGAGCCGCUAUGACACUUACCUGGACGAAGAUUUGCCUGAGCACACCUACACUCCACGCCACCGCUCGAGGAUGCCCGACUCCCUGAACGACAUGGACAUGCGAGAUAAAAUCGUCUCCUCCACCACAACCACCACCUCCACCACAACCCCAACAAAGGUCACAAGCUACAACAGAAGCAAAUCCCCGACGUGUGGAGCACCAGCACACCACCACCACCACCACCAAGCACUGGUGCCCAUGCCACCUCCUUCAGUAGCUGCCCUCCGCGACCUCCCACCCAUGUCAGUCAAUGACGUGGACGAUUCAUAUCUUGAGCAGCCACGCCGUCUCCGUAAGGCGCACCUACAGAGCUCCCCAGGAAUCGAACCCCCCGCCCACUUACACGUCCCAGGGGAGACUGAGGGUGACCGCCACCUGGCUAAGUUGCAAGCCCGUUAUCCAAGUCUCUCUGAACCACAGAUGCUCCAGGAUCACGUGGAUAACAUGAGGAUCCGUCUCAAGUCCAUCGCCUUCUCCCUCGACCCAUCAGGACCCGUCCCGGAAAUCAUCGUUCCAGAGAGAAGGAAGGCUGGCGCUGCUGCCGCCGACGGAGACAAGGCUUACUCCAAGGGGCCCAGGCAUUUUGCUUGUGUCGAAUUUGCCGGAGGCCAACCGCUGUGGAGGCGACGGGCCCGGGCCCGCUACCCGUCCGACGACCCCGAAAGCGUGACCCGGACGACCGAGGAGACCAUCAAGAAUCAGGAAGAGAAGCCUGAGAAAGACAAGGAGAAACUGAUCCUGAGGGACCGACUGUCCAAUCGGAUCCACCAGUUUUUCAACGAAACCAUGACCGCCGAUCAGUUCGGGAAGUACCUGAAGAAUUACAGGAACCCAGAAAACAAACCACCUCCACUGAAGCAUUACUGGAAGCCUAAACAGUACAAUCCUGACGAUUUCAAGGUGCCGUCAGACACCAGCUCCCGCUACGACAAACUGGCGGGAGCCAAGUGGGAGGAGCCAGACACCGUGUUCGGAUCCCCAGCCCCCGACAAAAAACCCUUCUCAAAGGUAGAGACUGGCUCCUCCUUCUUCUCAACUUAUGGUUAUACCGCCCGAAAGAAGGAUUAUGUGGCAGAGAAGGUGCGUGAUUAUUACUACUUCGGGGACGAAGCCAAGGACUCCGGCCACGUUCGUUUCAGCGAAUCUGCUCUGAAGCCCCUGACUGAUGGGACCUCUGAGGAAAGUGAUGACAAGAAAGAGCGAAGGAAGAAGAAGAAGUCGAAGGAGCGCGAGUUCCCCGAGACUCCCGCCAUCGAGUCUUCUACCACAGCUGCCUUAGCGUCAACCGCCGCUCCCACAUCCGAACUGUCUACCUCAGAGGUAGAGUCUGCUGCCAAGGAAGCUUCCUCCAUCACCGAGGACAUGGAUGAGAAGGAACUGAAGAAGCUGGAGAAGAAGAAGAGGAAGGCUGAACGGGAGGCUGCCGCAAAGGCUGCCAUGGAGGCUGAGUUGGCCGCCCUUGCUGCCGCCGAAGCAGAACUAGCUCGCCUGGAGGCCGAGAGCAGCACUCUCAAGACAGAUUCUCCUGCCCCUGCACCCGUAGAAGUCCCUGCUAAGGUUGAAGCUCCAUCUCCAGCUCCUGCCGCUGCUGAGGAGCACACUCCUACUCCAGCUCCUGCCGAGCCUGCUACUGAGGUGAAAAGUGAGUCCGCUGCUGACAAAUGUGAGUCAUCGACCGAGGUUGUGUGUGAGGGUGUGAGUGUGACGCCUGAAUCCCUGGGUGAGCUCCCUCCCUCUGAAUCCCCUUUACAGGUUCCCCCACAGGAUGAGCAGAUUCCGGUAGAAGUCGAAGAACCCCCUAAAAUGAAGGAGGAACCUCACGUGGAGAUUCCAGAGGAGGUACCUCAAGUGGAAUCCCAGACUGAGGUACCUCAGGUUGAAUCCCAGCAGCCUGAGGUCUUUCAAGAGGAAUACCAGGCUGAGAUACCUCAAGUGGAAUCCCACGCAGAGGAACCUCCAAAAGAACCUCUGGUUGAGGAUGUCCAGUUGGAGACUGCUCCUGAGGAAGCCAUAGAGGAGCAACCUCAAGCAGAACCCCAGGUGGAACAACCCCAGCCGGAACUCCAAGUGGAGUGCCACGUUGACGAAAUCCAGGGAGAGACCCGCUAUACCACUACUUACGUAGGGCCACAAGCGGAACCCCAGGUGGAUGAGCCAAGCGUGGCACCUCAGGUGGAGGAGGUUCCACCAGCUAUUGUAGAUGAUGCUGGAGCUGUUGUGGAGGAGGAGAAUGUUAAGGAGCCUGAGUGUGAAGUACCUGCUGGUGGAGAUUUUUGGUCGCAAAUGGCUCCUGCUGAUGGUAGCGCCGAUGACUUAGGAACAGAAGCCGAAGCCGUCGCCGAGGAGGACCACCUGCCAACAGCCGCCCUAGACACCGAAGGAGACGAAGCCCUUGGCGAAGAGGAACCACCACCACAGCAGGAGGGACCUACUACUACAUCUCACGAAGCGGAUGACGUCAUCAUCACUCCCGCUUCUGCUACUGCUGCUGCUGCUACCGCUGAUGCUGCUGUUGCUGCUACUAUUGCUGCUAACGCCGCUGUCGCAAACAGGUCCGAAGAUCUGCUGGAAUAAAGAGCAGCAUUUUUUAUUUUUAUUUUUUUUUAUCUAUUUCCGCGGCCAUUCUUUCGAUUCAAAAUGCCGAUUCAGACAACAUUGAACCCUCCUGUCUUUGUUGCUGUUAUGUUCAUCAAAUCAAACUUGGAUUCAUUCUAUAUUUCAUGAUGCUAACAAGAGAAGCUUUUGAUGUUAUUUUUUGCUUUUAUUGUUCAAAAGUGCAUUCAGUAUUGUGCUUUGUAAAUACGGUUAUUUAUUUUUUUUCGGAACACGCACACACACACUUGAGAGAGAGAUUCGAAACCUGGUGCUGUCUGUCGUCAAGCAGUCUUAACGCCUGCAACGCUCAUUUGUUUGUUAGCAAUAUGCACACUGCUAAUACAACAUUGAUUCACAAGCUUUAUUUCGUUUGAUAUGAUCUUUUUCAGUUUCCAUUCAAAAUUCUUGAUGUUGCUGUCAAAUAAACACAAAACUCGAACGCUGUGAUGUCGCGGCUCAAAACACCUUAUGAUUUGCCAUUUUGAAAUGUUUAUUGUAGUUAUUUUAUGUUGUUAGUCUGAUAGUUAGUCAGUGAAAAAUGUAUAUCCAAGAAGAAAAUGAAAACCGAUUAUGUGUCAACUUAAUAUGAAUGACUUGUUAAAAAAAUAAAAAAGAACAAGUCUUCAGUAAUGAGUAAUCUUUAGUUCCUAAAAAGAUCAGGCCGAAGAGACAAGCAAAAUUGAUUAGAUAAUUUACAUGUAUAGGAUUAUAUAUAUUUAUGUUCGUACGUAGUCUUUUUCUCUGUUCAUUUCUUAAAAGGAAAAGAAACAUGGUUGUGUGUCGUCACUCUACACCGCCUGAGACCAGAAUUUCUGACCCGAAGUAUCUUUUAAAGAAAAAAAUCCUCGGAAGAGUCCUCUCUCUAUUUCCCCUGUCAGCCAUGACAUCCCAGAACAAAUAAUGUGGUAGGCACUUCGAGUCGCUAUUCCGGUUUCAGGCAUGUGAAUGUUUUAUUAUUAUUUUUUCUUCUCUCUUUGUUCGUAUUGAUAUAAGUUUUUUGUAAAAGUGCUGUGUGGUGUGCGUGUGCGCGAGUGCGCAGUGACAACGCCUUCACGUCUAGUUUGUCAAGACGACUUGAGAUUCCCCUUGAACCCCAGCUGUAGGGGGAAAGAGGCUUUUAGGAUGCUGAGUAUAAAUAGUCGUAUCCAUCCAGAACUAAUCUAGUCACUGUAGAACUGUCAUGCAAAGAAGGUUCUCCCCAGCCAGUAAUGAUGGCGAUUGUAACUGUGCACAAGUGAAUUUCAUUUUCUUUGGGAUUACUUUCUAGGUUUACAUAGUCUUCUGUAUAAAAAAAGGAAAGGGCUGGUAUUAAUGAGUAGGAUCAAAUCAGUAGAAUCCAAAUCAUUGUUUCAUAGGAUGUCGUUAUAGAGAAUGUGACCAGAUCACUUUAAGGACUUUUUUUUUGUCGAGGUGAGUUUCAUCUCCAUUUUAUUUUCUUGUCUUAUUUCAUUAUCUUCUUCUUUCCCCCAAAAAUAAAAACCCGGCAGUGAUGUCUUGUCUACAAUAAAGAUGUUAAACAUACAAAAGUGA